AGGUUAACCGUGACAGUAAAAAUAGGGUGCUCUCUGGCUGGCGGUUCGCUGCAUUACUGCGGGAAAUAAAGCACCUGGCGGCCGCGGAGCGAGCUUAUCGGCCGACGCCCUCACAGACGACGGAUAAAAAGUCCUUAAAAUGGCCCUAAGCUAAUCGGCUGGUGUGUGUUUUUGAACUCACAACGACAAGCUAGCUCCGGAGAGGAGGGGGGCUAACUAGCGAGGAGCUCAUAGCAACCUGCUAGCUCACGUCAGGCGGCCAACAUCUUGUCUGCUGGCCGACAUGUUCGUCCAGGAGGAGAAGAUCUUCGCGGGCAAAGUGUUGAAAAUACACAUCUGCACGGUGGACGGCGCCGAGUGGCUGGAGGAGAUCCCGGAAGACACCAUGGUGGAGAAACUGAAGGAGAAGUGCUUGAAACAUUGUGUUCAUGGAAACCUGGAAGACCCCAAGACACUGACCCACCAUAAACUCAUACAUGUUGCUACAGAGAGAGUGCUCAGCGACACAAAAACGGUUGCAGACGAAAGUCUCAAGGACAAAGAUGUUCUGCUGCUUAUCAAGAAAAGGCCGCCGCCCACGCCGCCCAAAAUGGCGGAAGUGAGCGCGGAUGAAAAGAAGAAACAAGACAACAAGGCACCGGACAAGGACGCCAUCCUGAAGGCCACCGCCAACCUCAGCACUCGCCACUCGGACCGCACUGUGACACAGCACAACAUCAGAGACUUUCAGACAGAGCUCAGAAAAAUCCUGGUGUCGCUCAUAGAAGUUGCUCAGAAGCUUCUGGCCCUCAACCCCGAUGCUGUGGAGCUUUUCAAAAAGGCCAACGACAUGCUAGACGAGGACGAGGAGGAUCGCGUGGACGACACGGCCCUCCAGCAGCUCACUGAGAUGGGUUUCCCCGAGAGCAGAGCCGUCAAAGCCCUCCGACUAAACCACAUGUCCGUGACACAAGCCAUGGAAUGGCUGAUCGAGCACAUGGACGACCCCUCGGUGGACACGCCGCUGCCCGGUCAGGACCUUUCUGCCGCAGCAGCAGCCGGAGCCUCGGCCGCCGCCAACGCCGCUGCCUCGCCGGGCCCCUCGUCCUCCAUCGCAUCCAGAAGCUCCUCCUCCUCCUCGCGCCGCCGCAGCUUGUCCUCCACGGACGAGAGCAGCCGACAGGACGAACUCACAGAAAUCUUCAAGAGGAUUCGCAGGAAAAGAGAGUUCAGGCCGGACUCCAGGGCAGUUUAUGCGCUCAUGGAGAUGGGCUUUGAGGAAAAGCAGGUGAUUGACGCGCUGAAGGUCAACAACAACCAGCAGGACGCAGCGUGUGAGUGGCUGCUGGGAGACAAGAAGCCGUCCCCAGAGGACCUGGACAAAGGCAUUGACACCAACAGUCCGCUGUUCCAGGCCAUCCUGGAGAACCCUGUGGUCCAGCUGGGUUUGACAAACCCCAAGACUCUGCUCGCAUUUGAGGACAUGCUGGAGAACCCCCUCAACAGCACCCAGUGGAUGAACGACCCUGAGACAGGACCCGUCAUGCUCCAGAUAUCAAGAAUCUUCCAGACCCUCAAUCGCACAUAAGGGCGACCCCAGCCCCCACCGCAAUCCACCACCACAACCACGAUCCCUUCUCCCCCUUUUGUGUGAAUGUGGCAGCUCUGUGUGUGUGUGUGUGUGUGUGUGUGUGUGUGUGUGUGUGUGUGUGUGUGUGUGUGUGUGUGUGUGUGUGUGUGUGUGUGUGUGUGUGUGUGUGUGUGUGUGUGUGUGUGCGUGUGCGUGUGCGUGUGUGAGAGAGAGUAUAUUGUUGAUACCAGAGAUGUUCUACCUAUACAGUAAAUAUUUAUAAGCGUACAGUAAAGACAAGUAUACGAAGAAAAUGUAACAUGAUUCUUAUUAUUAUUAUUAUUAUGACUGCAGCAGCGAUACAAAGUUGCAUUUACAAGGUAGAUUUUUUUCAUUUUAGUUUAAAGAACAAAUCAAGUUUUAUAUCACUUUGCCACCUUUAAACAAACACCAUCAAUGUUUACACCGCCAGUUGUUUAGUUUUGUUUUUUUGCAUUAUAUCAUCUUUUAAUGUGUUCAUCUUUUGGCAGCGUGUUACUCGCCACUACGCCAACAUUCAGCACAGAUAGUAUUUUUUUUUUUUUUUUUUUUGACAAUCUGGAGCAGGACGGCAUGGGGGUGUGUUCAUGAAUGGAGGGUUUUUUUCCAGCUAUUUUUUAAGUUUAAUAGUAUGAUUAAUUUCCUGGGUUUGACAUUGUUACGGAGCCCCUAAAGCAGGGGUCGGCAACCCGCGGCUCCUUGACCACUCUGAUGCGGCUCAGCUACAUACAUGCCGACCCCCGAUUUACCCAGGAGUUUGAUGGAUCUCAGUGCCUCUCAUAGAUUACUCCCAGGGAAAAAAUUAUCCUAUUUACACUCUAAUUACUAAAUAAAGGGCGUGCCCUAACUGCACUACAGUAAUUGUCCACAAGCAUUUAUAUACAGCAUGCCAGUCCAGCCACAUGUUGCAUGUGGCUGGCUGGCUGCUGACCUAGUACGGAAGAGUUAGUGCUGCAUGGGAUUCUGGGUAUUGGUACCGUCAGUGUAAGAUGUGUGGCUGCUGAGUUAGUACGCCUUGCUGUCGCUUACGUGAACAAGCUUUUUUUGGACAUGUAUCUCGUGCGCAAGAGAAACUAUCUCGUGCGCACGAGAAACUUU